AUGUACUACAAGAAUUAUAAGCUCUUCUUCAACGCCUACAUCAAGGCUUCGCGCCUUCGGUGGGUGCUCGUGACGCCACAGAACGCCGCCUCCAUCAUGCGCCUCGUCAAGGAGGCCUUUGUGCGCAAGUCGGCCCCGAAGAACGGCGAAGGGAUCUUCACUCAGGAGUUCAUCCGCACGCUCCUCGCCGGUGUCAUCAUCACGCGUGUGGGCAAGUACAACAUAAAGAUCAUGAUCAGCCACGAUCCCGACACCGGCAGGCAGCUCCGCGAUGCCCUUUGGUCUGGUUGGGGUCCGCGGGUCGGGAUGCGAACGACGCCCCGGUGA